GUAUAACAUUUUUUACCUUUCUUUCUCUUGAUGUAUUCAAAUAAACUUUUGACCUUCUUUCUCCUCUCUCUUUCUUCCUGAAUCCUCUCUCUUUCUGAAUCAAGAAAGAUCAUUCUCAAGGCGAAGAGACUUGUUUUAGUUUAUUUACCCAUCACACAAUUUCUUAACAAACUCUUUGAAUCUUUCUCUGUCUGUUGAGAGAAAAACCAGAAGAACUUCUUUGGCAUUUUCUGUGUUGAUCUCCAAAGAGAGAAGCCAGGGAAUGCUGAAAUAUGUGCUUGAGAAAUUGUAGAUCUUGCUCUGAUGUUUGCAAGGUUUUGGCCUUAAACAAGCUUCCUCUUUUUGUCCUUGAUGAGACCAAUGGUAUAGGCCGCAGUUCACAUUCUUUUUAUUCGAGACUGCAAAAAGGGCCAACAAGUCGUAAAAUGCCAAUCAUGUUGACACGUGACCUACGUGACGAUGGUUUUGUAGAUUUGAUAUGGAUCAUAAAGUUAGUGUAUUGAUGCAAAGAUAUGAAUUAGGGAGGUUAUUAGGCCAAGGCACAUUUGCCAAGGUUUACUAUGCUAGGAGUAUCAAUACAGGGCAAGGUGUGGCCAUUAAAGUAAUAGACAAGGAGAAGGUUAUGAGAGUUGGGCUCAUUGCACAGAUCAAGAGAGAAAUAUCUGUUAUGAGAUUGGUCCGUCAUCCUAAUAUCGUGCAUCUUUAUGAAGUCAUGGCUACGAAAACUAAGAUUUAUUUCGUGAUUGAAUAUGCUAAAGGAGGUGAGCUUUUUAACAAGGUAGCCAAGGGUAAGCUUAAGGAGGAUGUUGCACGAAAGUAUUUCAUGCAGUUAAUAAAUGCUGUUGAUUUCUGCCAUAGCAGGGGUGUCUAUCAUCGAGAUUUGAAACCUGAAAAUUUGCUGUUAGAUGAGAAUGAAAAUCUGAAAAUUUCUGAUUUUGGUUUAAGUGCACUUGCUGAAUCAAAGCGCCAAGACGGACUCCUACACACCACUUGUGGGACUCCUGCCUAUGUUGCUCCGGAAGUGAUUAACAGGAAAGGCUAUGAAGGGGCCAAAGCCGAUAUCUGGUCAUGUGGGGUGAUCUUGUUUGUUUUAUUGGCUGGUUAUCUUCCGUUUCAUGAUUCAAAUUUGAUGGAAAUGUAUAGGAAGAUUGGCAAAGCAGAAUUCAGAUGCCCGAGUUGGUUUCCACAAGAGGUACGAAGGCUACUUUCACGAAUAUUAGAUCCAAAUCCAAACACUAGAAUAUCAAUUGCAAGAAUUAAGGACAACUCUUGGUUCAAAAGAGGAAUGAACUCUAAAUCUACAAAACAUGAUGCGGAAAGCAGUGCAACUGGUUCAUCUAGUACAGCUGCGGCUUCUGGUUCAUUGGAAAGCAGUAGCACAGCGGCUGACGAUGAUCAAGAAUUUAACAGGCUUUCAAAUUUGAAUGCAUUUGAUAUCAUUUCCUUGUCAGCUGGAUUUGAUCUGUCUAGAUUGUUUGAGGAACCUUGUGCAAGGAAAGAAACUAGAUUCGUUUCCUCGAAACCAGCUUCUACCAUCAUCACCAAGCUCGAAGAACUCGCCAAGCGUUUGAAGUUGAAGGUAAGUAAAAAGGACAGAGGGUUGUUCAAGUUUGAAGGGACCAAAGAAGGUAGGAAGGGGAUUUUGUCAAUUGAAGCAGAGAUUUUUGAGCUCACUCCAUGUUUUCACUUGGUUGAGGUGAAUAAAUCAAAUGGAGAUACUCUGGAAUAUAAGAAGGUAUUAGAUGAGGGCGUAAGACCAGGUCUUCAAGACAUUGUUUGGGCUUGGCAAUGUGAUCAACCUCCACAGGCACCACACGAGUCUCCAUAUGAGCAUCGGCAACAGCCACUUGAACAGGACCGGCAAUCACAUCAUCCACAGCAGCAGCAAGAUCUGCUACAACAGCAGCUACUGCUGCAGGAACAAAUACCUUGAUUAUCUGUCUUUGCCAAUUCUUUUGUUGAUUAGCACCAGAUUUUUCCUCCGUCGCUGUAUGUAACAAGUCCAACUUAAAUACAUAAUGUGUGUUUAGUGGUAUCAUGUUUUUCAUAUCAUGGAUGUAUAUAUCCGCAGGUACAUCUUGAAACUACAUUAGGAGGCUAAGGCUUUUAGUGAAAUGCACAAAUUAGAGCUUCAUGACCUUUGUUUCUUAGUUCGUUUUAAAGGUCUAUUAGUUCCGUUGAGCAUUAGUUAUCCGUUCUCAUGUUGGGCACAGCAGAAGCUUGAACCUUGCCCUAUGUCGUACAGUAUCAUACAUAAAGUUGUACGCGAUUCAAUUUGUAGACGUGGAGCUGUAUUGAAUGUAAAACUACUUUAUGCCUUGAA